AUGUCGUCCUCUUACCCGGGCGCCCUGCCGCCGCCGCCUGGCGUCACGGCAGACAUCAACAACCCUCAGGAUGUUUUGCGAACAUGCCACUACGUCACGCAGGCCCUCACGCUCGUUUUUGUGUCAGUCUUUGUCGGCCUGCGGUUAUACGCCAAGCGAAAGGUUCUGGUCAACUCGCUGACUACGGACGACUUUGCCAUUUACUCUGCAUAUCUCUUCAUGGUUGGGUACUGCAUAUGCGCCUUCUUCAUGGGUAUUCAUGGCGGAGGCCUCAACCAGUGGGAUGUAGCCGUCACCCAGAUUGAGCCUUUCUUCAAGGCAUGCUACGCCGCCACCCUCUUCUACGCGCCCAUGGCCUUCACCGUCAAGCUCGCCCUGCUCGUCAUGAUCGUGCGCGUCUUCGGCACCGUGCACCGCAAGACGCUCAUCGGCAUGUACAUCCUCAUCGCCGUCAUCGUCGCCUACUACGUCUCGGGCUUCUUCAUCAAGAUCUUCAUCUGCUGGCCCAUCCCCGCCUACUGGCACGGCGAGAGCGACAAGUGCAUGAACCAGAGCGCCAUCAUCACCGCCGACGCCAUCAUCUCCGUGAUCAGCGAUCUCGUUAUCUUGUUCCUCCCCACGCCCCUCACCUGGUCUCUGCAGCUCCCCAAGCGGAAGCGUCUCCGCGUCGCUGGCCUGCUGUGUGCCGGAGGCAUCGCUACGGCUUUCAGUAUCUACCGUCUCGCGCUCAUCAUCACGGAUAAGGCUUCCCACAAUCAGACCAUUGUCUUUACCAAGGUCGUCUUGUCUGGCAACGCCGAAGUCGGCAUCGGCCUGAUUUGCGCCUGUCUCCCCGCCAUCAACGCCAUCUUCGUCCGCGCCAACAAGUCCGGUUACCUGGGACAGCCGAGCCACAACAGCGAGGCCCGCGGCCAGAUUAUGCUCACGCGCUCCUACCAAGUCGACCGCACGCAGGACGGCAAGAAGGUCCUCGAGAUUGAAAUGGAAGCCGGCGGCGACGAGGACGGUCUCGUGUCGGGUGGUCAGGAACCCUCCAUGCUACACCGCCAGCCGUCAAACACGAACAGCCAGCCGCCGAGCUUGAGAUCCGACGAGACUUACUGCUAA